AUGGAGUCGCACAGGAAGGCCUCGUUCGGCCGGCGAUGCGCGUCCGCUGGUCGAGUCACGGCGGCAAUUCUCUUGUCGUUCCUCGCGGUUGUACCGACUACGGUGACCGCAUCGACCUCACAACUUGUUGACGACACAUUAUUCGCACCAGGCCCUGUCCUGCCGUCAGAUCCCGAACCGAUAAUACCAUCCGAGCAUACGUUCACCCUACGCCACAUCUACCAUCACGGAACCAACAAACAUCCCUCUCUACACCGAUCCAAGGACAUUCUCCACGAUGGGUCGCGUGUGUUCUUGGCUGCCGAAGACGAUUAUGGAGAGCACGAUCUCACCAAGUUGAAGGCGCGGAGUCGAGCCGAGACGAUUGAGCGACUCCGAGACCGGCGUCCAUCAGUGGUUGACCCCAUGGUGGCCGAGGCGAGACGCACAGGCGCGGCAGCGGUGCUCGGCACGUCUGCCUGGACGAUGGAUGAUUUGCCGACGCCAGACAUCACCGACAAGGCCACGGUGCUGAGCAUGGCUUAUAUGGCAGCCAACGCCUACGUGGAGAAGGAAGGCGAGGGUAACUGGGAGGACGUUCGAGGUCCCUUUGGCCGCACCGAUGAUUUUGGCUGGGAAGGCGAUGGGCUUCGCGGCCAUGUGUGGGCGGAUGAGAAGAACGAGACUGUCGUCAUCGGUCUAAAGGGCACAUCCACGGCCGUGUUUGAUGGCGAGGGUACAACAACCAACGACAAGGUCAAUGACAACCUCUUCUUCAGCUGCUGCUGCGGCCAACAGGGCCAAUGGACGUGGCACCAGGUAUGCGACUGCGCCACGGGAACCUACUCAUGCAACAAUACCUGCGUGGUCGGAGCCCUCAUGGAGGAGAACCGCUACUACACCGCAGCUCGAGAACUCUACUCGAAUGUCACCGAGCGAUACCCCGACUCGCACAUUUGGUUGACGGGUCACUCCCUGGGCGGUGCUGUCAGUUCGCUACUGGGGCUGACGUACGGCCUGCCCGUCGUGACCUUUGAGGCCGUGCCCGAGGCCUUGCCCGCUUCGCGCCUUGGUCUCCCGGUGCCUCCAGGCGCUGACGUCUCGGCACCUCAGACGAGGAAGAACACGGGGGUGUAUCACUUUGGACACACCGCCGACCCGGUCUACAUUGGAACUUGCAAUGGCGCCACAGCCACCUGCUCCUUCGCAGGCUACGCAAUGGAGUCCAUGUGCCACACAGGACAGGAGUGCAUCUACGAUGUGGUCACUGACAAGGGUUGGAGAGUGGGCAUAGGAACCCAUCGCAUCCGAUCCGUCAUCAGCGAUGUGAUCCUCAAGUACGACAAUGUUCCCGAGUGUAAGUCGUCCCUAGAGUGUCGCGACUGUGGGCCGUGGAAGUUCUACGAGUCGAAUGGCACAGAGACAACGACGACCUCACACUCGUCUACCACGACGAGGACACGAACAAGGACGUCGACAUGCGAAACCCCCGGGUGGUGGGGCUGUCUCGACAAGACGUCGACGAACACGCAGCCAGUCACAACCACAUCAUCGACUAGCUCGACCUCGACGUGCGAGACGCCUGGCUGGUUCGGCUGUUAUGACAAGACGACGAGUACCGAAACCACGACGACGACCCAGGAGCCGAGCUCGACAACGUGUGAGACGCCUGGCUGGUUCGGCGGCUGCAAGGAUAGCGUCGAACCCACAGCGCCUUCAAAGGGAAAUACGGGGAUGCCGCCCAUCACCUCGGCGCCUGAAACGUCCCAGCCCAGGGCUACCCAUGAGCCUGCAACUGCGACUGCAACUAGCUGUCAUCAUCGCAAUUGGCUUGGGUUCUGCAAGGAUGCGGCGGCUUACCGAGAUGAUGUUGAAGAUGAGAUGUGA